UUUAUCUUUAUCAUAUUUUUUUUUUGUUGUUUUUUCUUCUUUUUCCUUUUUUUUUUUUUUUUUUUUUUUUUUUUUUUUUUCGUUCAAACGCAACACCGAAAAGUUUGGUUGCUCGGCACAACUUUCCACUCGAUAUAACUUUGCAACUGGAUAAUUAUUUCUCGCUUUAGUCCCUUUUUAAUGUCGCCGCUUUGCUGCUUGUUAAUUUCCGCGGACAGUUCCGAUUUGCAAAUUCAUUUCAAUAUCAAUCUUUUUCCUUUAGGGACAAUUUCAAUUUGUACCUUAUUUCGUUCGUUACCCGUUGCGUUCGCCGAGCUCGGAGUAGAAGGAAGUUUAAUAUGACGCUAAGAAUAUGUGCGAGGAACUUCUAUGCUUAAAGUUUAGCUCCGUCUGACUACAUUCACGUACUUACUACUGUGAUGCUUCUCUCUGUUUCUGUCUCUCUCUCUCUCUCUCUCUCUCUCUCUCUCUCUCUAUUUCUCCUUCUGCUCUUACUCACUCAAUCAUAGUCGACUAAAGUGUCUAGAAACGUAGAAAUCAUUAUUAAUUCAUGGAUCGAAAAUGCACUCUUCUUUAAUUAACUACGAUAAAGGAAUCAAUGAACAUAUCAAAAAUACAUUAUAAGAAUAUUUUGAAAAUAAUCAAUGAAUGAUCGAAUAACGGGGAAUAGAUUUUUCUACCAUGUAUCUCUUAUUCAUUCUUCUGUGAAAGGGAUGAGAUUUGAAUGGUUGAUGAACAGUUGUUGAUCGUAUAUAUACAUAUGUAUUUCGUUUAAAAAAGGUGUAUAGUUUGGAUACAAUAUUAUCGUAUAUUCACGCGAGAUUCGGAGCUCCACUUUCCUCAGGCUGUUUAUAGUCCAGUAUAAAGAAUAACGUGAGUGAGAGAAAAGGAGAAAAGAGCUUGGAGUUUCGAUCGUUCAUCGAUUCUCUUAUAACAUGCAGGAAGAUAAUAUCGAUGAGAGAAACAGAGAAAGAUGAUAGAUAGAUAGAUAGAUAGAUAGAAAGAUAGAUAGAUAGAUAGAUAGAUAGAUAGAUGGAUGGAUAGAGAAAGGAAGAGAGAGAGAGAGAGAGAGAGAGAGAGAGAGAGAGAAAUAGCUUAGAAUCGUCCUCUUUACGUGUGUUUCUCCGUAUAUCCUCUUGGAAACGUGUCUUUCCUACGAGGAAGGCGGAUCCUACGAUUCGCGAUGGCGGAAGGCACGUGAACCUGGAUGGGCGCAUGCGAACAAACCCUAAAGCUCGUGACGAGAAAAGCAUCUCUCCCUCUCUUUCUCUCUCACACCGUCUUUCCCUCUGUACUCCUCCGUUAGUUCAGCCGUCGCACUUGCUUUCCUUCUCUCUCGUUCGUUCGUUCAUUCGUUCGCUUGCUCGCUCGCUUACUCGUUUACUCGCUUGCUCGUUCGUUCGUUCGUUCGUUCGUUCGCUCGUUCGUUCGUUCGUUCGUUCGUUCGCUCGCUCGUUCGUUCGUUCGUUCGUUCGUUCGCUCGUUCGUUCGUUCGUUCGUUCGCUCGUUCGUUCGUUCGUUCGUUCGUUCGUUCGCGUUUCACCCCUCUCACCGACACAGAGUGAGGCACAGUAACCCCGUCGUGUGCCAGUCCGCACCGAGAUUCCGGCGCGAAUCGUCCUUCCUACGUCGCGGCGUCACGCCAAGUUCUAGAUGGAUGUCGCUGAUCCGCACUAUUGUCUCAACGUUUUACCUCGUCGCGCAGCUAUCGCUGCUACUGAUUACUCCUGCGAUCGUCGAAGGACGACAGGAGAGAAGAUUGGAUAUACUCGGAGAUUCGACCUUGGAACAUCAUCGAACUGCUCGGGAUGUAUCGUUGGUGGAUAACUACAAUGACGAUCCAAGAUUUCCAAGGUUCGCGGAGGAAAUACAAAAUGUGACCGUCAGCGUGGGACGCGAUGCACUCUUGGCAUGCAUCGUGGAUAAUCUUCAAACUUAUAAAGUGGCUUGGGUACGGGUCGAUACUCAAACGAUAUUGUCGAUCCACCAAAAUGUGAUUACCCAGAACCCACGGAUCUCUCUAUCGUACAACGACCAUCGCUCGUGGUAUCUUCAUAUAAAGAAAACGCAGGAGAGCGAUCGUGGAUGGUACAUGUGUCAAGUGAACACAGACCCUAUGAGAUAUAGGCAGGGUUAUGUACAAGUUGUCGUACCACCAUCGAUCAUUGACAAGGAUACCAGUACGGACAUGGUUGUAAGGGAAGCAACAAAUGUGACGUUGACCUGUAAAGCGAAAGGUUAUCCUGCCCCUUACGUCAUGUGGCGACGGGCCGAUGGCAAGAGCAUAAACUACGAUGGCAAGAUCGUAAACGUCAUCGAUGGCGAAGUUUUACACAUCGUCAAGAUCAGCCGCCUUCAUAUGGGAAAAUAUCUUUGUAUUGCAUCGAACGGAGUACCACCAUCGGUCAGCAAAAGCGUUACUCUCAACGUGCACUUUCCGCCAAUGCUAUCUAUUCCAAAUCAAUUGGAAGCUGCCUACAUUGGACAAGACGUUACUCUCGAGUGUCACAUCGAAGCUUUCCCAACUGCCAUUAAUUAUUGGACUACGGAGAACGGCGAUAUGAUUGUCUCCGGUGACAAGUACGUGACGGUGUUCUCCGAUAACGACUACACGAAGUACAUGUUACUGAAGAUACGAAAUGUUAGCCCAAAGGACUUUGGUUCGUACAAAUGUGUGGCACAGAAUUCAUUGGGAGCAACUGAUGGUGUUAUCAAGUUGGAUGAAAUCCCAGCUCCAUCGACCACCUCAACAACGCAAUCUCCGUAUUAUGUAACAUCAUUAAUGAAGAAAAACGGUAGAAACGGUAACAAGAAAUUACGUCAACGUCCCAACGAUUACGAAGUCGAGGAAUGGAGAGAUCCAGAUUAUGAGAACGAGUACGAGCCACCAUCGAUGAUGCCACCAGGAGAUUUGCCCGCGGAUGCGUUAAAUCUGGGCGCUGUUCGCGAACCCCGCUUAUUACUCCAUCUUCUUCUGCCGAGCCUUCUCCCGUUGCUCCUAAAUGCCGUCAGAAGAUGAUUCUCGCAUCACGGGAACGGGGCUUCCAGUUGUAGUGUUUAUUGGACGGUGCGUCCGGUGUGCCGUUUCCGGCCGCGCGACGGAUCCCGAACGCGACGAUGUCGGCCACGCUUGAAAUUAUUUUCAUACUAAAGCUAGACUUAAACAGAGAAAAAAGAGAGAAAGAGAAAGAUUGAGAGAGAGAGAGAGAGAGAGAGAGAGAGAGAGAGAGAGAGACAGAGAAUGAGUG